UUCUUACCUGUGUCGCAGGUAGUUUUGUACGGACGGAGUUCGUAGUCGGCCACUAAUUACAGGUGGAGGCUUGCCUCUCUACCUCAUACUUUUCCGUCGAUCGCGCUAUAAGUAUACAGUGUGAACAAUUUUUAUUAAAAUACAAAUUUAUUACUAUCUGUUUGACGUGUGGUGCAACUUAUCUGAUCUUUAAGGAUAAUUUGUGAACUUUUGGAUAUUUUUAACACAGUGCAUCAAUAUCUUCAGGUAUAUUCGUCGGUUUCUCAUUUUCGUUUCUACAUUUGUUCAUUGGAAAAAGUUGAACAAUGCGUGCUAAAUCGGGUGUUAAGUGUUUAAAUUGUGCAAUCCGUCUAGUGAUUAUCGGGUCGGUAAAUUCUUAAAGACAUGCCAACUCUCGAGGAGUACAUAAUUGAAAUGGAAAAUCGUAGUGCCAUACAAAGCCAAAACGCCGAGGGCCAAGAUCUCUGGACUCAACUGCAACAAAAGGAAAACGAUUUAGUUUUAGCCGCUGAACUGGGAAAAGCUCUGCUAGAGGAAAAUGAAAAGUUGAAAAAACAACAGGAAACACUUUUAGACGAAUACAACAAAAAAAUAGAGACAAUAGAGCAAGACCGCCACCUGUUGAAACGCAAACUGGCGUCUGCGGAAUCGGAAUACGAAGCCCGAAUAAUCGAAUUACAAAACGAUGUUACAGAGUUAACGUCAAAACUUCAAACCAAAGAGAAUUUGCUGAAGCAAUGGGAAAGGGACAAAGGGUCACUUGUCUCAGAACUGAAUACACAAAACGCCCGCCUUACCACACAACUAAAAGAAGCUCACGAGGUCGAGAAUCAACUUCGAACAGAGAUCCAGUCGUUGAAAGAGCAAUGCGCGCUGGGAAAGUCGAAUUUACAAGAACACAUCAGUAGUGUAGACGGUCUAAGGGACGAAUUAGAGUUAGUUCUCGAGAAGAAAAAUGAACUGGAAAGAAGGUUGCAAAACGCUGCAGCCGACAGAGACAGUUUGGCAUCUGCUCUAGAGGAAGCUUCUGACAGGAUCUUGCUUCUCGAACGACAUGCUCGAGAACAAGACGUUAGAUAUCAACAGUCGCUAAAAGAGUACUCCCUACCCCAGGAGAAACUGAGUAUAGAAGAGAAACUCAGCGGAGAUCACCGUUCUUUACUGGCAGAAAUGGACAUUUCGGAACCAACACUUUCUCAAGAAUGCAUGACGGUUUAUAGACAGCUCCGAUCUCUUUGCCAGCAACUCAAACAAAACCACGAUGACGAUUCAGGUCUUCAUUCAGACUGUUCCACCACCUCAUUGGACGAAAAUCAACAAUUUUCAACCGGUCUACUGAGCGAAGUUGCCCAGGAACUUGUCAAUAUCGUUAUCGAUACCGAUGUCGUCAGGUUGUUAGAAAGGCUGGAAAAUGCAAGACGUGAGAUACAGGAAAGGGAUUUGGAACUGGCCCGAAGGGCAGAAACGAUCAUGGAGCUAACCACAAAGGCUUCAGUGUGUGAGGUUGAAUUGAGGACUGCGAUAGAGGAACGAGACAGGGCGCGAAGUGAUGCAUCAUCGAAUUCUAAUGUUGCUGUAGACGAUGUGGUGGCGAAAGCGCGGGAGGUUCGCGACCAAGCAGUCGCGAGAAGAACCAAGGCCGAAGUGGAGUUGGCCAAAACGAGGGUGGAGCUCAUGCAAGCCAACAGUCAGCUGUUGGAGGCCAUACAACAAAAAGUUGAACUUAGCCAGCAAUUAGAACAGUGGCAGAUGGAUAUGCAUGAACUUAUCGAGGAGCAGUUAAAAAAUAAGCUAACAUCGCAGGAAGCGAUGAAACAUUCGCCUGGAAAAGCGCCCAAUCCUGUUGCGCCACCGCGGAGGCGGAUAUUGGGCUUUUUCCAACGAUAGCAUUAUAUCAUCCCUGAAACGAACCCUUUAGUAAAUAAUGGUCUAACCUUUUACUUAAUCAGUAUUUUUUAAUGGAACGUCCUACGUUAGUGUUUGUUACGUUGUGAUCCAUUUUAAUUUUCUCAUGAAAAUUUUUUUAGAGAGCUUUUAUUAACUGUUAUAAAAUUAUUUGCCUUAUUUUACUACAUAAUAAUCCCUUAGGAAGUC